GGCCGCCCUACCGGGCAUGCUCAGUGCUUUGGCCUCUACUCCCUGACUAACAGUAACUCAGUUUGCAGCGCCCAGUCCCUUCAGUGCCCGGUCCCUUUAAAUCCAUCCGCCUAGUUGCUAAGCAACAGUGCGGCCCGCGCUGGAGCUGCACUGCAGAGGCUCUGCCCCGGGCCAGCCUGGCCGGGUCGCGGUGGCUAGCACUGAACAAGGGGCUGCCGCCUGCCGGUGGUGACCGGCUUCGGGGAAGAGUGGACAGGGCUCACCAGACCGCACCCGCGCUUCCAGAAAAUCAAAGAGGUGCCCAAAGAAAUGGAUGCUAGAAGAAAGCACUGGAAAGACAAUACGCUCACUCCUUUUUUAAGUGAGCACGAUUUGCUAGAAGAGGCUGCUCCUCUUCAGCUUUUCUCCGAACAAACACCUGCAGACAGGCCCAAGAGGGUGGGGAGAAUUUCUAACUUCUCCAGUAGAAUCGGUCAAGAAGGAAGUACAGCGAAGGGGAAAGAGUAUUCCCAGAUAGCGGAAAAAGAACAAGAUCCAAGUGUAAGAGAGAGAAGGCUGGCCGCGCCAAAGAAUGUAGCAAACACAAGUUCUGCCUUCUGGGACUUGCUUGAUUUGGAUGGUGCAACCAAGGAAAGCUCUCAGAGAGGAGCAAGCUCCUCCCAGUGCAGUAAGAAGGAAUUGCCAGCUGCCACACAAGACACCAGGAAGAAAUGGAAGGAAGAGAUGCCUCCAAAACUCCGCCUACACCUUCUGAACGAAGAGCUGGGACAACUGAACCUGAAAUGCCGGGAGAUAGAACAGGACUUUGAAAAUGCCGAAAAAGAAUUGUUGAACUCUAGAAAGGAGACCUUGAUGAAAUCUGUCAAUUUUCAAGAUCGGGGCACGGUUGCUUCAAAGAAUGACCGUGAAUUGCAAGCUUUAAAAAACGACCUGUCUGAAAAAGCGACAAACGUGAAAAACUUAACCGAAGAGCUCCAGCAAGCCAAAGAAAUCAUGUACAGGUUGGCUGUAGAGAACAGAAACUUGAAAGACGCUUUCAGGAAACUGAAACAGGAAACUGAACUCAGUACCUCGAUCCUCAGAGAAGAAAUGAAGCUGUUUUAUGAGCUGGAAAUGGAAAAGGUCCACUUAGAGCUGGUUGCCAUCAAGCAUGAGCUGAGAAAUGAGAAGAGCCUGCGGGCGAAGAACAGCAGAGCUCUGGAGAUGCUCGGAAGACACGUUGCUUCCUCGGUAAGAUCGUCCAGUACCGCUGACCCCUUCGCAGGGAAUGUUGUUUAAACAU